AUGUCGCAGGAACAAAAUGUUCCAUCCCAAAAAAACGAUGAGCUUGCUUCUGAGCUCAAAAGGCUCCACAUUACGCGUGGAAAUUGUAAAUCUCAAAUAACAAAAUUCAAAACCUAUCUAGAUAAAGAAAAAUCAAAAAAUAAUCCUGAUUUUGCUCAGCUUGAAAUUAGACUAUCAAAAGUUGAACCUCUUUUUCAAGCUUUCGAUGACAUUCAGAUUCAAAUAGAAUGUUUAGAGACUAGCAAUGAUGUAGCAAAUCAAAACGAGCGUCUAGAAUUUGAAGAUAGCUAUUUUAGUGUCGUUUCUGAGGGUCAAGCAAUCUUAAAUAAGUCUACUGAUCAGCAGGUAGCAAAUGCAUCAAUCUCUAGCAAUCCUAAUAGUUCUAAUGCACCAACACACCACGUUAAGCUGCCUUCCAUAAGUUUACCGUAUUUCGAUGGGAGUUUCGAUCAAUUCUUGUUCUAUAAAGAUACCUUUCAAGCAUUAAUUCAUAAUGACAAAUCCAUACCUGAUAUCAAUAAAUUCCAUUACUUGCGCUUAUCGUUAAAAGGUCAAGCAGCGGAUUUAUUGAAAUCGCUUGAAAUAUCAGCAAAUAAUUACAGUGUCGCAUGGAAUCUACUAGUUCAACGCUAUGAAAACAAACCUCUAUUAAAAAAGAACCAUAUAAAAGCCUUAUUCGAGACAAAACCUGCUACAAAAGAAUGCCAUGUAGAAUUAAGAAACAUUCUAGAUGACAUGAAUCGGCAUUUAAGAGCCUUAAAAGUCCUAGAAGAACCUGUAGAUUCCUGGGACGCAUUGAUAAUUUAUUUAUUCUCCAUAAAGCUGGACUCAACAACUCGUCGUGAAUGGGAGAGUGAAUACGCCAAACAUGACAAGGUAACUAGAGAAAUAUUUUGCAAUUUUCUCUCUGAAAAAUGCAGAAUUUUGGAAACUUUAAAUAUUCAAUGUAAUAAAGUCAAACAAAAUGUAAAAAGCCUUUUUUCAAGUAAUUCUCCAACUUGUUAUUUUUGCAAUAAAGAGCAUACAAUUUAUAACUGUAAAUCAUUUAUCGAGUUAAGUCCAAGGUCUAGACUAGCUGAGGUCAAAAAAUUGAAACUUUGUGUCAAUUGUCUGCGAAAUAAUCAUUCAACUAACCAGUGUCGGUCUAUGCAUUGUCGAAAAUGUGAUAGUAAUCACAACACCCUGUUACACUUUGGUGUCAAUAAUCAAGAUAACAAUCAAAAUUUCAACUCGAAUAAUCCUGAUAUGUACAUCUAG